AUGAAAUCAAGAUCGUACUCGCAUAGUUUGGCAGACACUUCAGACGGCGACUUUGAAGAUUCCAAGAUGGAGUUUUCCACGUCGUCCAGCACAUACAAGAACGAAGAAGUCCAGACAGUGACCAUAAAUUCCUCGACGUUUCCUCUGGAUCCAAUCGACUCGGUAGAGAACAAUGGAAUAAGGCAGUUUUUCAUUUGCUCGUACUUCUCCAGAUCAAAUUCCUCAUAUCCUUCCACCUCUUCCAUGGAGUAUCCGAACGACGUUUUGAACGUUUCUAGCAACAGCGGACUCAGUUGGAGCUUUAUGUCGUCCUUGACGCUAUUUUCAUUUGACAACAACAGAUGGAUAUUCUCACUCGUGUGCACUAGAAUGUCCAUACUCUCCAUCCAAAGACAAUGGCCGUUGGAUUGGUAG